CAGGUACGUAACUCGCUACUCCUCGACCUUUCAACGUCGUCUCGUGGCCACGCAUUACGCAUACAUCGUCCCCAUCUGACUCCGGUUCGUUAAACCGCUGCCUGGAACCGCGCAACAAAACGCAUCCCAUCCGCCCGCCGAUUUCCUCGUCGUUUUAUCCAUCAUCACAUAUUCAACCUCGCAUCCCCUUCCGCAAUCGCCGCAAUGGAGCUCUCGGACAUCUUUCGCAUUGUUAACCUGGUCGUCGGCGCCAUCACGACUCUCGGCGGUAUCACGCACAUUUUCACCCUCUCGCUGCAAUCGAUCGUUGUCGGCUGCUACAUGAUCGUCUUUGGUCUUUCCAUCGCGCUUCUUGAGUUCCAAAUUCCUCCCCAGCUCUCUCGAUACGCCUCUUUCCUCUUCUCCUUCAUUGGCCGCGGCGCUUUCUACAUCUUCAUCGGCUGCCUUCUCCUCGGGAAGAUGUUCCUCAGCAAGAUGGCCGGUACCGCUGUCGGCUUCGUCGGCAUUGCCUACGUCGCCCUGGAGUUCGUCCCCUCCAUCGAACCCCCGAGCAACAUGCGUGAGGCCGAUGAGGCCGGCUGGGGUGCUGAGGAGGUUUAGAAAACUUGACCUGUCAGCUCCCUACCUGAGCCCACUCCUGGCAGUGGUUGACGCCUCCCGGCAGCGGCUACUUUUCAAGAGAUGGGUCAAUGUCACUGACUUUGACGGACAUGAAAACUAUGA